AAGGGGAGGGAGCAGACACGAUCACAGUGUUUGUGGAUAUGAAGCUGAUGGGUCAGCUGUACACCCGAGCUUCCUUUGAGUUCAGUGCUGACUUUUUGACUCAAAUGUUCAAUCAGGAGAGCAAGCUGCAAGACACAGCCGGUGUGUGCUGCAUCACACACAGAUGUGACCCCAGACAUCAGUGAAUGGCUCCUGAUACAGCUGACAUGACAGCAGAGGAACUCCCGAUCCCACGGGUGUCCAGCCUUGUGGAGGGGUGGGUGAAGUUAAGGGUUGAACACAGGCUGGAGGAGGAGCUGAACAACUGCAACUUUGAAGUAUCCCACUGUCACACAGACCUGCCCACUGAGGGACCUGCAGCAAUCCCUGACAGGGUGUGCAGUGAGAAGCCGUUUUGCAGGAUCUGCCAUGAAGGUGGGCCCUCCGGGGAGCUGUUGACCCCCUGCAGGUGCUCUGGGAGCCUGGCUGUGGUGCACCGGGCCUGCCUGGAGACCUGGCUCACCGCCUCCAACAGUAGCCACUGUGAACUCUGCCAGCAGCCGUUUGCACUGGAGCGGCUGCCAAAACCCCUCACUCAGUGGUUGUAUUCUUCGUCGGUGCAGCAGCAGAGGAGGACACUGGGUGGAGACAUUGUGUGUUUCUUGUUCAUCACGCCACUGGCCAGCCUGUCAGGGUGGCUGUGUGUUCAGGGAGCCAUGGACCUCUACCACACCAACACCAUGGAGGCCCUGGGGCUCCUGGUCCUCACGCUGGCCCUCUUUUCCAUAUACGUCUUUUGGACUGUGGUAUCUGUGCGCUACCACAUGCAACUGUUCAACACGUGGAAGAAGACGGAGCAGAGAGUGCGGCUGCAGAUUCCCCCACCCCCCAACACCACAGCUCACCAACAGACACUCAACAGAAACCCCCGACAAAGAGACUACGGUGUAGACCAGCGUCUACAACGCUGAAUAUUAUCCACUCCUGACAGAACAGAAGAGCUUGGAUGACUCUUUCAGGAAGACCGUCAGAUCAGCGUCCUUACCCUCUUCAGGGAGCAAUUACCAAAGGAGCCUUUACAUCCGUUUUACAGUGAAGAGCAGGUGCUGUACCUUUCUUCAAAUCAGAGCAGUCAUCCUAGAACCUGUGAACACCCUGCUAUAAUGAAGCUGACUGGACUCUUUAAAAUAGAAUUUAAGCAAUGAAGUAUUUCCAGAAACAUUGAAACUCUAAUGAGUAAAUCUAAAAAUCUGGAAUUCACAAUGAGGUGUUUGGAUUACCUUGAGGCUAGAUAAUCCAAAUACCUCAUCGUUAAGUCUUCAGUAAAACUACUGACUUUAGAUAAAGUCCCUAGGAACAAUGUUCUUAGAAACAGUUUACAUUGGAAGUCGGAGUUCCGAGCUGGGGGUGACGUCACACCCGAGUUGACUGAGUUACAGUAGCACAGGUCGGAAAAAGAUGGACGCCGAUUGUUAGCAAUACAGGUUGAUAACUACGCUUUAUUUUGUGAAUACAAACAUGGUAGCAAGAUAUCCACAGUUAGAAGAUGAGCAGUACCAUAUGUAAUGUUGAUUUAAUGUGACAAAUAAUGCAGAAGACCUGAAAAUGUUAUAUUAUCAAAUUGUUCUCUUUAUGUUCAUGUCACACUAACCAUGUACACCAUGUCACCAUGCUGCACUGAUAAAGACCAACUGAAGCUGAUGGGAGUGUUUCACAGGUAUUUGGUCAUUAAACAAAGUAUGGGACAGUGACCGGAUGACAGCUACUGGAACAUUGCCAUUCUUGCUGAGGGUAACAUGACUAAAGAUCAUGGCAAUCAGCUGUUGAGACAGUCUGAACCAAAAGAGGUGGACGCACUGAUCAAUUAGAACUCAGUCAGUUUUAAGUACCUCAAGUAGCGUCACGUUUUUCCAAUGCUGUGAACAAAUACAAUUAAAAAAACCUGGAUUGCUACAGACCAAUCAACGGUUUAAAAACAUGCAAAUAGUUUCCAAACCAAGCCCUUCACAGUAAUUCUGUCCAACUAUCAGCUUCCUUUUUUGCUCAGUUUCUCAGAAACAUUCACCACUAGGAGCACCUUCUAGAAUGUCACACCAAAUACAAAUAUAAAUGCAUUCUUUAAUAAUUAGAGUCAAGUGUCUGACCGAAUUGCAUUUAUACAACUUUAUUAUAAUAUUUUUAUUUCAUACAAACACAAAUUCAUGUAAAUAAGAGAACUGGUGCACUGCACUGAGGAACGCUGAGGUUGAUCUGUCGCUCUGAGGCGUCGAGGUUCGCAGCGUCACAUGACGGCACAGCUCGCCUCCUCAGAUAGAUCCUUUAAAACAAAUCAGGAGUGUCAAAUAUUU